GAUUUUAGGAUUCUGUUUUGGGACAGCCAUACGUCUAAUUUCUUAAAGUAGUUUUAUAUGUAAAACUUGUAAAGGAACAGAACAAUGCCUCCACGACCAUCAUCAGGUGAAUUGUGGGGCAUCCACUUGAUGCCCCCAAGAAUCCUAGUAGAAUGUUUACUACCAAAUGGAAUGAUAGUGACUUUAGAAUGCCUCCGUGAGGCUACAUUAAUAACUAUAAAGCAUGAACUAUUUAAAGAAGCAAGAAAAUACCCUCUCCAUCAACUUCUUCAAGAUGAAUCUUCUUACAUUUUCGUAAGUGUUACCCAAGAAGCAGAAAGGGAAGAAUUUUUUGAUGAAACAAGACGACUUUGUGACCUUCGGCUUUUUCAGCCUUUUUUAAAAGUUAUUGAACCAGUAGGCAACCGGGAAGAAAAGAUCCUCAAUCGAGAAAUUGGUUUUGCUAUUGGCAUGCCAGUAUGUGAAUUUGAUAUGGUUAAAGAUCCAGAAGUACAGGACUUCCGAAGAAAUAUUCUGAAUGUUUGUAAAGAAGCAGUGGAUCUUAGGGAUCUCAAUUCACCUCAUAGUAGAGCAAUGUAUGUCUAUCCUCCAAAUGUAGAAUCUUCACCAGAACUGCCAAAGCACAUAUAUAAUAAAUUAGAUAAAGGGCAAAUAAUAGUGGUGAUUUGGGUAAUAGUUUCUCCAAAUAAUGACAAACAGAAGUAUACUCUGAAAAUCAACCAUGAUUGUGUGCCAGAACAAGUAAUUGCUGAAGCAAUCAGGAAAAAAACUCGAAGUAUGUUACUGUCCUCCGAACAACUAAAACUCUGUGUUUUAGAAUAUCAGGGCAAGUAUAUUUUAAAAGUGUGUGGAUGUGAUGAAUACUUCUUAGAAAAAUAUCCCCUGAGUCAGUAUAAGUAUAUAAGAAGCUGUAUAAUGCUUGGGAGGAUGCCCAAUUUGAUGCUGAUGGCUAAAGAAAGCCUUUAUUCUCAAUUGCCAAUGGAUUGUUUUACAAUGCCAUCAUAUUCCAGACGCAUCUCCACAGCUACACCAUAUAUGAAUGGCGAAACAUCAACAAAAUCCCUUUGGGUUAUAAAUAGUGCACUGAGAAUAAAAAUUCUUUGUGCAACCUACGUGAAUGUAAAUAUUCGAGACAUUGAUAAGAUCUAUGUUCGAACAGGUAUCUACCAUGGAGGGGAACCCUUAUGUGACAAUGUGAACACUCAAAGAGUACCUUGUUCCAAUCCCAGGUGGAAUGAAUGGCUGAAUUACGAUAUAUACAUUCCUGAUCUUCCUCGUGCUGCUCGACUUUGCCUCUCCAUUUGCUCUGUUAAAGGCCGAAAGGGUGCUAAAGAGGAACACUGUCCAUUGGCCUGGGGAAAUAUAAACUUGUUUGAUUACACAGAUACUCUAGUAUCUGGAAAAAUGGCUUUGAAUCUUUGGCCAGUACCUCAUGGAUUAGAAGAUUUACUGAACCCUAUUGGUGUUACUGGGUCAAAUCCAAAUAAAGAAACUCCAUGCUUAGAGUUAGAGUUUGACUGGUUCAGCAGUGUGGUAAAGUUUCCAGAUAUGUCAGUGAUUGAAGAGCAUGCCAACUGGUCUGUAUCCCGAGAAGCAGGAUUCAGUUAUUCCCAUGCAGGACUGAGUAACAGACUAGCUAGAGACAAUGAAUUAAGAGAAAAUGACAAAGAACAGCUCCGGGCAAUUUGUACACGAGAUCCUCUAUCUGAAAUCACUGAGCAAGAGAAAGAUUUUCUGUGGAGUCACAGACACUAUUGUGUAACUAUCCCCGAAAUUCUACCCAAAUUGCUACUGUCCGUUAAAUGGAAUUCUAGAGAUGAAGUAGCCCAGAUGUACUGCUUGGUAAAAGAUUGGCCUCCAAUCAAACCUGAACAGGCUAUGGAGCUUCUGGAUUGUAAUUACCCAGAUCCUCUGGUUCGAAGUUUUGCUGUUCGAUGUUUGGAAAAAUAUUUAACAGAUGACAAACUUUCUCAGUAUCUAAUUCAGCUAGUACAGGUCCUAAAAUAUGAACAAUAUUUGGAUAACCUGCUUGUGAGGUUCUUACUCAAGAAAGCACUGACUAAUCAAAGGAUUGGACACUUUUUCUUUUGGCAUUUAAAAUCUGAGAUGCACAAUAAAACAGUUAGUCAGAGGUUUGGCCUGCUUUUGGAGUCCUAUUGUCGUGCAUGUGGAAUGUAUUUGAAGCACCUGAAUAGGCAAGUUGAGGCUAUGGAAAAGCUCAUUAACUUAACUGACAUUCUCAAACAGGAGAAGAAGGAUGAAACACAAAAGGUACAGAUGAAGUUUUUAGUUGAGCAAAUGAGGCGACCAGAUUUCAUGGAUGCUCUACAGGGCUUUCUAUCUCCUCUAAAUCCUGCUCAUCAACUAGGAAACCUCAGGCUUGAAGAGUGUCGAAUUAUGUCCUCUGCAAAAAGGCCACUGUGGUUGAAUUGGGAGAAUCCAGACAUCAUGUCAGAGUUGCUGUUUCAGAACAAUGAGAUCAUCUUUAAAAAUGGGGAUGAUUUACGGCAAGAUAUGCUAACACUUCAAAUUAUUCGCAUUAUGGAAAAUAUCUGGCAAAAUCAGGGUCUUGAUCUUCGAAUGUUACCUUAUGGUUGUCUGUCAAUUGGUGAUUGUGUGGGACUUAUUGAGGUGGUAAGAAAUUCUCACACUAUCAUGCAAAUUCAGUGCAAAGGUGGCCUGAAAGGUGCACUGCAGUUCAACAGCCACACACUACAUCAGUGGCUCAAAGACAAGAACAAAGGAGAAAUAUAUGAUGCAGCCAUUGACCUGUUUACCCGUUCAUGUGCCGGAUAUUGUGUCGCUACCUUCAUUUUGGGAAUUGGAGAUCGUCACAAUAGUAACAUCAUGGUUAAAGAUGAUGGACAACUAUUUCAUAUAGAUUUUGGGCACUUUUUGGAUCACAAGAAGAAAAAAUUUGGCUAUAAGCGAGAACGUGUGCCAUUUGUUUUGACACAAGAUUUCUUAAUAGUGAUUAGUAAAGGAGCCCAAGAAUGCACAAAGACAAGAGAAUUUGAGAGGUUUCAGGAGAUGUGUUACAAGGCUUAUCUAGCUAUUCGGCAGCAUGCUAAUCUCUUCAUAAAUCUUUUCUCAAUGAUGCUUGGCUCUGGAAUGCCAGAACUACAAUCUUUUGAUGACAUUGCAUACAUUCGAAAGACCCUAGCCUUAGAUAAAACUGAGCAAGAGGCUUUGGAGUAUUUCAUGAAACAAAUGAACGAUGCACAUCAUGGUGGCUGGACAACAAAAAUGGAUUGGAUCUUCCACACAAUUAAGCAGCAUGCAUUGAACUGAAAUGAUAACUGAGAAACUGAAAGCUCAUUAUCUGGAUUCUACACUGCACUGUUAAUAACUGUCAACAGGCAAAGACUGAUUGCAGAGGAAUUGCACAAUCCAUGAACAGCAUUAGAAUUUACAGCAAAGACAGAAAGAAAAUACUGUAUAAUUUAAAUAAUGUAAAAGCAAACAGGGUUUGAUAGCACUUAAACUAGUUCAUUUCAAAAUUAAGCUUUAGAAUAAUGCGCAAUUUCAUGUUAUGCCUUAAGUCCAAAAAGGUAAACUUUGAACUUUGUUUGUAUCUUUUUUUAAAAAACAAAACAAAACAAAAACCCCAAAAUAUAUAGAAAUAAUGGAGAAGGAAAAAGAAUGAUGGUUUUUUUUUGUCUUGCAAAUGUUCUAUGUUUUGAAAUGUGGACACAACAAAGGCUGUUAUUGCAUUAGGUCUAAGUAAACUGGAGUUUAUGUUAAACUACAUAAGAUUGGAAAAAAAUGAAAAUUUCUUAUUUUUCCAUUGCUGUUCAAUUUAUAGUUUGAAGUGGGUUUUUUGACUCCUUGAUUAAUGAAGAAAAAUGCUUGGGGUGGAAGGGACUCGAGAUUUCACCAGAGACUUUUUAAUAAACCAAACCUUUUGACGAUUUGGGGUCUUAUCUGCAAGUUUUGGAGGCAGUCACAAAUGAGACCUGAUAUAUGGUGGUAUUUGAGGGUUUUUUCCUGGACAGUAUUUACAAGGAUCUGAUUCUUAUUUCCCAGGAAAAUUCUAGGUUCCCACAAAGUAAAAAAAUCAUCACAGAAAAAAGAAUGAGCAGGAAUAGUUCUUGUUCAAGAAUUAUACAGUAUUUACCUUAAGUUGAUUUUUUUCUCCUUUUGCAGUUCAACUGAAUACAUUUUUCAUGCAUGUUUUCCAGAAAAUAGAAGUAUUAAUGUUAUUAAGAAGAUUAUUUUUUUUAUUAAAGGCUAUUUAUAUUAUAGAAACUAUCAUUAAUAUAUAUUCUUUAUUUACAUGAUCUGUCCCAUAGUCAUGCGUUGUUUUGCACCCCAAAUUUUUUAUUUGUAGUAGCAUGGUCAGCUUUUCUCUUGGUCUGUAAAUGAGGCUCAGCACUAUCCUGUUUAUACCAAUAACCAGUGUGUAACCACUUAAGGAAAACAGAUUCAACUUAUUCCUCUUUCCUUUUAUUUCUGUUUUCACAUGAAUUCCCCCAUCAUCCUUCCUCUUUUAUAACUGAGAAUGGCUCAAUCAUAUGAAAUUAGUUACCAAAAUUAACACAAAAAAUUUAGACUGUCUUCCUUAUUGCUUAAACUCUUCUACUGAGGUAUGCUCAUGCAUAAUACUUUAUAAUAUGGGGGAAUAGAAACCGUGAACUUUUUAUCCUUUAAGCUGUUUAUCCAUAUGUCAAUAACAAAAGUAGGACAUUAAACCAUGUCCCAUUUCCAAGUAGUCAGGGCUUACUCUCCAACUUUAUUAAAUCCCAUUCAA